AUGGACAUUUCCCGGAGUGUCAGACGCCUGAGUCCCCGCUGUGGAUUACUGCUGGGCCCUACGUCAUCACCGAAUCUUUAUGAAAAUCCCUGGACAAUUCCAAAUCUCCUGUCUAUGACGAGAAUCGCUCUGUCUCCUGUGUUGGGCUACCUUAUUAUUGAGCAGGAUUUUAACAUUGCGCUCGGAAUAUUUGGUCUCGCAGGACUAACUGAUAUGCUGGAUGGAUAUAUUGCACGGAAUUGGGCCAAUCAGAAGUCGGCUCUGGGAAGUGCUCUUGAUCCACUUGCUGACAAAAUCCUUAUCAGUGUUCUAUAUGUAUGUUUAACAUAUGCAAAUCUGAUCCCAGUUCCCCUAACAGUCAUGAUCAUUUUAAGAGAUAUUGUCUUGAUUGCUGCUGUGUUUUAUGUUAGAUAUAAAACGCUACCACCGCCUAGAACAAUUGGGAAAUAUUUUAACCCUUGCUAUGCAACUGCUCAGUUAGAGCCAACGCUUAUCAGUAAGAUGAACACUGGAGUUCAGUUAAUACUGGUAGCUGCUUCAUUAGCUGCUCCUGUGUUUAAUUAUGUGGAUAGUGUCUAUCUUCAGGUACUAUGGUGUAUCACUGCUUUCUCAACUGCUGCCUCGGGAUACAGCUAUUAUCAUUACGGACAGAAAACGGUGAAGGUUUUGAAUAACAAUAAAUGAAACAUUCAUGAAGUUCCCUCGGCAUCAUCACUUGAAGGACAUUAUUUCUCGUUGGUGCUCCUUGACAGAUGACUGAUUAGAUCCAAACAUGCGGCCAAUGGACUGAAUGACACUGAAUCAAAUCUGAUUAUAUUAUUUAUACACAUAUAUUCAAUAUUUGAAUUUUGAUAUAAUAAACAUGGCGGAUUUGAA